ACUGCAUGUCACCACAGCAACGAACGCACACGUUCCAAACCAGGAAGUGCAAUCAAAACCAAACGGCGCACGUUAGCAUUACCAGCCAUUGUGCGUGUCUGAUUUUCUUGUGAAAACAAUGACUUAUUUCUCGAAAACGAUUGGCAAUCAAACGGUGAUCACUGACACUGACAAGAAAAACAUAGACACGGUCUUCCGGCUUUGUGACCAAGACGGGAAAGGUUACCUGAGCAGAGAGGACAUGAAGGUUGCUGUCGUUAUGCUGUUUGGAUACAAACCAUCAAAAUCAGAAACAACCAUUUUAAUGGGUCAAGACCAAGCAGCAAAUUCACCAGGCGUCUCUGUGGAGCGGUUCGUACCCCUCAUGGGGAGGAAGUUGUCAGGGGAGGAUCCUUACGACAAGACGAGGCAGAUCUUCAACGCCUUUGAUGUUCACUGUCGAGGCUUCCUGAAGCUUGAGGACUUCCAGACGGCUUUCAAACAAGUGGCCCCUGCCCUCCCUGAGAGAACUGCUCUGGAGGCUUUCAGGUACGUGGACCAGGACUGCGAUGGUCAUGUUAGUUUCAAGGACUUUGAGUGUGCCAUCAACUAUGGACUCGCCAACAGCUGACACACACACACGCAGACACACACAUACAGUGCUGUCCUCCACACUACACUUUGUUUUGUUUUUUGUAACAGUUGUUCAAUUUGAAAUGGAGUUGUGUUAUAUAUAUAUAAGACU